CGUCCGGCGCUGGGGCGGUGGGCAGGUCUCCAGGGAAACCCGACGCUCUGGGGCUCCGGGCGCUGCGCGGAGCGGGACGAGACUUGCGAGUGGGGCUGCGCUGCGCUGGCCGCCGCCCUGGGCGGACUGGGUGCAGUAGGUGUGAGCUCUCCGACCCUCGGUGCGGCCCGCGGCAGGGGCGCGGUCGGGAUCCCGGCGGGAGCGCGGUUCGAAGAAGAUAGGCAUGGAAAGUGGGUGUCCCUCAGCCUUGUAUUAUAAAGUCCCAGAUGAUGACAUCUCUGAAAAUCAGCUGGCAGGGAGAGACGGCCAGCCUGCUGCCACUGACUUCCUGGGGACUCUGGAGAUGCUCUCUACCAAAAGGGACAUCCUAGAGGCCCCGGAGGAGGAAGAGGAGUCCGAGGGUCCCCCCAGGGAGCAGGACCUGAAGGAGGCCUACAUCCAGCUGGUCCGAGGCGUGCAGGAGUGGCAGGAUGGCUGUGUGUACCAAGGGGACUUCGGGCUGGACAUGAAGCUGGGAUACGGUGAAUUCUCUUGGCCCACGGGCGAGUUGUACCACGGGCAGUUUUACCGGGACCACCGCCACGGGCUGGGCACCUACCAGUGGCCCGACGGCUCCAGCUUCACUGGCAUGUUCUACCUCAGCUACCGAGAGGGCUACGGCACCAUGUACCUGAAGACCAGGCUCUUCCAGGGGCUGUACAAAGCGGACCAACGGUUUGGGCCGGGCGUGGAGACCUACCCGGACGGCAGGCAGGACGUCGGGCUGUGGGUCCGGGAGCACCUCAUCAAACUGUGCACGGAGGUUCCCCGCAGCUUCUCCAUCCACAACUACCCUGAGUACUCGGGCUUCCUCACUCACUCUCCUGCUAGACUCAGCCUCUCAGAUGAGGAGAAGGUGGACUGGGACCAGCCGGAGGGACAGGACCCCUUUUUCUAUGACUAUAAGCGGUUUCUUCUGAACGAUGACCUGACUCUGCCUCCAGAAAUGCACAUUUACUCAACCGACAACAGCCACCUGCCCAUGACCUGCUCUUUCCGCAAAGAAUUAGAUGCCCAAAUCUUCCUUAAUGACAUUCCUCCAUUUGCUGAGGAUGAAGAACCCUGGUUUAUAAAAAAUGAGACCCCUCUGAUGGUCAAAAUCCAGAAGCAAACCUACAAAUACAGGAACAAGAAGGCCCACACCAGCUGGAACAUGGGUGCCAUCUUGGAGGGGGACCGGAGCGGCUUUGCGCACCAUGGGCCCAAGGAGCAGCUUUCCAAGGAGAUGAUCCUGCGGGCCGAGGAAGGGGACUAUGACUGGAUCUACAGGAUCCUCAGGGAUGACCUCGCCAGCGCCGAUGUGGCCGAUGCCAAGGGCUACACUGUGCUCGCUGCGGCCACCGUUCACUGUCACACUGACAUUGUCAACCUUCUGCUGGACAGCGGGGCCGACGUGAACAGGUACACGGACGAGGGCCUCACGCCGCUCAGCAUGUGCUUCCUCCUCUACUACCCGUCCACGUGCUUUAAGCCCAACAUCGCUGAGAGGAUGGUGCCCAAGUCCCAGGUCAGCCCCGUGGCCCUGCAGCUCCCAGCGCGGUGCCCCGUCUACUAUCCGCCUGUCCGUCUCUCCACCCAGCAGUGCACCUCCCCGCGCCUUGCACAGGAAGCUCCAAAUAUGCCAGUAAAUCCCAACCUUACCUUCUCAUUCCCUGAAAUGGCCAUGGAGUCCAUCUAUUUCGAGGACCUGGUGCCCACCCCAGGCAGCCAGGAGCAGAAGUCCAUCGUGUGGGGCAGCGAGGAGGACCAUCUCUCCCCGGGUGCCCGGCUGUCUCAGGAGUCCCCCGACCUGGGGAGCAGCCCUCAGAAGCAGGACUUGUCACCGUGGGACAGUUCCAGUGACCUGGAGAAGGGGCCGGACGGCACGGAGGGGAGUCUGGGCAGGUGCACGCUGGGCAGCCAGGAGACGAACUUCGAGUCCGCCGUCUGUGUGCGCAACUUCUCCUUCGGGCUGUCCCAGGACCUCCUGGAGAGGAGUGCCCAGGCCCACAGCAUGCUGAAGGCCCCCUCCUUCAGUGCCACCGGCUUCGACAAGGGCACCAUGAGGAAGAUGGCUCUGGCCGUGGUGGAACGCAGAACCAGGUGGCUGACCAUCGAGCUGCUGCUGCACCGAGGCGCGGACCCCAACCUGUGCCGCGUGCCCAUGCAGGCCCUUUUUUUUGCCGUGAAAGCUGGGGACGUGGCCGGGGUGAGGCUGCUGCUGGAGCACGGGGCCAGGACCGACAUCCAGCUCCCAGCUGAGCUGGGGGCCCUGACCCCCCUGCACAUCGCAGCCGCCCUUCCCGGGGAGGAGGGCGUCAGGAUAACGGAGCUGCUCCUGCACACUGUCACCGACGUGGACGCCAGGGUGGCCGACGAGGAUGACGUGUACAAGCCGAGCAAGCUAGACCUGUUGCCUUCAAGCCUGAAGCUCAACAAUGAAGCGGGCCCGGCCGGCAUCUACCACAGCAGGCCUACGUGUGUGCCGGAUGAGGGGGGCAGGACGGCCCUGCACGUGGCCUGUGAGCGUGAGGACAGCUACAAGUGUGCCAGGGACAUAGUCCGGCUCCUCCUCUCCCACAGAGCGAACCCCAACGUGCUGUGGAGUGGCCACUCCCCACUCUCCUUGUCCAUCGCCAGUGGCAACGACCUGAUCGUGAAGGAGCUUCUGUCCCAUGGAGCUGACCCCAACCUGCUGCUGACCAGAGGCUUGGGCAACGCCUUGUGUGUCGCCUGUGACCUCACCUAUGAGCACCAGAGGAGCAUGGACAGCAGGCUGGCCCUGAUUGACCGGCUCAUUGGUUACGGGGCUGACAUCCUGAACCCUGUGACACUCACACAGGGGGACAAGGUGGCUGUGGGCACAGCUGUCGAUUACGGGUACUUCAGAUUCCACCAGGACCGGAAGAUCGCCCGCUCUCCUUUCUACGCGCUGAUGCCGGUGGACCGGGAGGUCCUCCUGGCCCGGAAGCAGAUCCUGGAAUACAUGGGCUUCCAGCUGCGCCGCGCUGUCUUCGCCAAGGAGAGCCAGUGGGACCCGAAGGUGCUGUACCUGAGCAAAAGAGCGGAGCUGACCCCCUACCGCAGGCUGAAGCAGAAAAGCACCAGCCUGUCCAAGGAGCUCCACUUGGAGGAGCAGGAGCCGAUCCCCUUCUUCAAGUUCUGCUACUGGUGCGGCCGCUCCGUCGGGGUGCGCCUCGUGCCCUGCACCCGCUGCUACGGGAUCCUGACCUGUAGCAAGUACUGUAAGACCAGGGCCUGGGGUGACUUCCACAAGAGGGACUGUGGCAGCCUGUUGGCCAUCGUCAGCCUAGAGUGAAUUGUCGCGUAAGAUCUGCGAGCCGCCCGGCAAGAACUGUCCCGGAGGCCGAGUGAUGACGGGACCCCGGGAACCCUUCGCUUGCCAGCCAUGUGUGCCCAGGGUGCCCGAGUCCCGGACUCUCCAGGCUGAGGCCCCUGCGGCAUUUCUGUUUACCUGUGACGGGUGCCGGCCGUUACUGCACGCGGACGGGGUCUGCCGGGUCAGAAGGCGCCUUGUUGUCCUCGUGUAACUGUUCUGACGGUCCAGUGUGACUGGGAGGGCGCGGCGUCUGCGCUGGGGGUGCCUCCAGGCGGGGAUGUGCCCUCUGGGCCCAGCUUCAUAGUUUCCUGUGCAGAGGUGUCACCCCGGCUGCUCUCGGACCUUUCUCUCCCCCACCCAGUCCUGUGGCAAGUCUGCUCAGCUCUGCCUUCAAAGUUGGCCCCAAUCAGGCCACUUUCGGAACCUCCUGCCGCCACUGACCCUUCCCUCCUCUCUGUCCCUGCAGCCACCGAGGCUCCGCGCAGCCACAGGGCCCCCCCGCGUUGCUCCCGCAUUCACUUGGCGUCUGUCAGAGUCCUUUGCUUGCCUUGCUCCCUGCGCCCGUCGCUCACAGUCCCCCUUAGGGCUGCUCCGGCCCCCUCCCCACCCCUGCCAGUGCCCUGCCCUCUUUCAAACAUCCCUGUGGCUCCUCCUUUCCCGUUCUCAGACAGCUGCCCAGUGCAGUCCUCUCUGCUUCUGGGUCGACUUGUGCCUUGGGCACUUCCUCUCUGAUGGCCAUGCUCUGGGCACCUCAAUAUUGUAGGGGACAAGAUAACCGGAUCCCUGGCCCCCGGGAGUCUGUUCUAGAAGGGAGAGCUCUCGUGUGGGAGAUACGCCGUGUCUGCCAGACCCCAGGACAGGAACGGUGUUCCCGGGAGAACCUCAGCCGCUGUGAGGCCACCAGCUGGUGGGGACCCGGGCCGCACUGAUGGCGGGCCCAGCCGGCCGCUGCACAGGCCCACCUCCCUUGGCGCCGGGGCCUUCCCGCUUCCCGUCCUGUCGGGAACAGCCUCUGGGCUGGUGGCAGGGUCUGCGGGUGCCGACGGAGGAUCCAGCGGGGGAUCCCGUUCCUUUCUCGUGUCUGUGGCUCGCUCUUUAUCCCCUCCGGGGCUCACAUUAGCUGGCAGCGUGGCGGCCCUGUGUGGACAGGGGAGAGCUUUGCCACCACCAAUUUCUUAAAAGGGUGGAGAUGCAUCUUACGGAAAGGUACACCGAAGUUAGUCCCUCCAGCUUGAGUCUUUGCCUCCGGACGUCACUUAACCCAUUCAUCUGUCUGUCCAGUCCCCGUGGUGCCUGUGUGUGUUUUCACGUAUGUGUGAGCCGCCCCCGCCUCGCCCAGUCUCCCCACCGCCGGCGACGCUCAGGCCUGCCUCUGUCACCCAGACAUCCUGCUCAUCAGGAAUCCGGUGCCUUCCAUCUUCAGAAAAUGCUGAAGCAGCCGCCUCUCACCUCGCCCUUUUUUGCUGGGCACCGAGGCAUGGGCGGGGCUCGGCC